CAUCGGUGAGAAGCGUGGGUCAUGUGUUUUAUUUUACUUCAUUUCGUUGGUUGUAUUGAAUAUAUGUUUAUUUUUUUAACGCUUGACGCGGUUCGGGUAAUCCAGGUUACACCGUAAUUCACAGCCUUUGCGAGCUAAAUGCGUUUCGGUGUAAAUUGAAACAAAAUGGCCGCCUCUGGAAAGCUUGCCACUUUCCGCAUGCCUCCCUUACCCACUGUCGGUGAGCUGAUAAAGCUGUAUAACCUGAGAGCGGAGAAACAGCUUUCCCAAAACUUUCUUUUGGACUUGAGACUCACAGACAAAAUAGUGCGCCAGGCAGGCAAUUUGAACAAUGCCUAUGUGUGUGAAGUCGGCCCUGGUCCUGGGGGCUUGACCCGGUCCAUUCUGAAUGCUGGGGCAGCAGACCUGCUUGUGGUGGAGAAGGAUUCGCGCUUCAUCCCUGGAUUAAAGUUGCUGUCUGAAGCUGCACCAGGCAAGUUGAGAAUUGUCCACGGUGACAUUCUUACCUACAGAAUGGACAGAGGAUUCCCUAGGAGUAUAUCUAAGCCUUGGGAGGAAGAUCCACCAAACCUUCACAUCAUUGGAAAUCUACCCUUUAAUGUUUCCACCCCCCUCAUGAUCAGCUGGUUAGAAAAUAUAGCCAACAGAACUGGGCCUUUUGCUUUUGGACGAACUCAACUCACUCUCACCUUUCAGAAGGAGGUGGCAGAGAGGUUGACAGCCAGCACAAAGAGCAGACAGAGGAGCCGUUUGUCCAUCAUGGCACAGUAUCUCUGCACUGUCCACAGCCGUUUCACCAUCCCUGGAAGGGCCUUCGUCCCCAAGCCAGAGGUGGAUGUUGGAGUUGUUCACUUCACCCCUCUGGUUCAGCCCAGCAUCCAGCAGCCCUUCAAAAUGGUGGAGAAAGUCGUCAGGAAUAUUUUCCAGUUCCGCAGAAAGUACUGCCGCAGAGGAAUCGGAAUGUUGUUCCCCGAGGCGUGUCGCGACGCGUUCACAGAGGAGCUGAUGCGCAAGGCAGAUGUGGAGCCCACCCUGCGCCCCACCGAGCUCACCAUCCCCCAAGUGAAGGCGCUGGUGGACGUCUACGCUCACAUGUGCGACCGGGAUCCGCUUCUGUUCGGCUACGACUUCAGAGAAGAGCUCCGGGUCAAACACCUCACCAAGCAAAGGGGUGCGCAGACAAACGAUUUGGAGGGAAGCCCACGGAGCCCCGAGCAACCGGACUGAACUCAACAAAGAGCAGAAAGCACUUAAGGCCUUGACAUUUCCACCUGGCAGUGGCGUGCAUUUUUGAUGCUGCUUUUCGUGCAACUAAGAGUUUCCACAGGCUGUUUAUUGGAAGAAGAAAGAAAUAAAAAGGCAAAUUGGGACAAAUGCAGCAGUUAAACAAACAUCUAUCUCAUAUACAGGUGAAUCACGGUUAGAUUAUCGGGAAAAAGUCCAGUAUUUAAAACAUACCGUGAUUUUCGGACUAAAAGGACUGUAAGCCGCCACCCACCAAAUUUGACACGAAAACGGCAUUUGUUCAUAGAUAAGCCGCGCUAUACUAUAAGCCGGUAACACUUUAUUUGACAGCGGCGUCAUAAGACUAUCAUAAUUAUGACAAGAUGGUCUUACGACUGUCAUAAAUUUUUAAAAAUUUUCAUUAAGAGCGUCAUGUCAUAAUUUAGACAAUCUUAUAACGCCGCUAUCAAAUAAAGUAUUACCUAGUAACCCAAAUCAUCAAAGAAAGCCUCAUAAGCCGCGGGAUUCAAAAUGAGGGGAAAAAAAGUUGUGGCUUACAGUCCGAAAGAUACUAUAAUUUCUCAUUUUGACGAGUUGGCUCAGAGAUCGUGAAAUUGACAAUUCAGUACCUCUGAUAGUAAAAUAUUACCUAAGACUAGUGAUGGCUAAUGAAGCAUCUUGUGAUGCAACGAACCACUUGGCCAAAUUGAAUCGAAAAUAGGUUCAGUUCAUGAAACUUGAUUACCAGUGACAAGGCGUCUUUCCUUUGAAGUGUGAUGCACACAGGAAAGCUGAUUUUGAUGUGCUAUUUCGUCAUCCUCUUUCAAUAAUCGCCUGAGUCACUUUUUUUUUUUUUUUUUUGUAGAAAACGUGAAAUACUGAAGCAAAUUCUCAUUAGACUAUAUUGACUAUUGAUUCCAUUUCAGGGGCAGAAUUGAGUAAUCCAUUUGACUAAGGAUGUGGCCAAUUUUAGCAGAGGUGGCCAUCAUCCUGAGGAAAAAAGUAAAUAUUUGUCCCAAUGUGGCUUAGGCAAAUAUUUUAAGAGGGUGAUUACCGGUAUUUACAAAUAAAGACUUAUGAACAGGGGUGCACAUAAGUGGUCCGCAUGCGUGCAUGUGUACUGGAAGUAGACAAACGCGCUGGCCCUCAACGGCUUCCAUACGCUUUUGCGUACCGAUGGCUGACCACUGUAUUUGCGGCGGACACGAGAAAAUAACUUCUCAAAAUGUCGAAGAGGCAGGCCACACUGAGUAAUUACUUCCGUGUUCCCCCACCCCCGUCAAAAGACAGACAGACGACAGAGACGUCACCGGAGCUACCGAAAAAAAGGACUUUUGCUGAAAAGUGGCUACAGGAGGUACCAUGGCUAGAAGCAAAUGAUGCUCGCACGGAAAUGCGGUACAAAAUGUGCCGUGAGAAUCCCAAUGUCGCCGAUAAGAGCAGCGCAUUUUAUGUACGGUCAAAGAAUUUCAGUCAUCCAAACUUUGAAAAGCACGAAAAAAACAGAGAGCAUGUGGCAAUUAAGCAAACUAUCGAUGUCAAACAUGACCACACUCUCCCUAUGGACAAGUGGCGGAAUAAAGGUAAUGAACAGCGUCAUGCACUGACAAACGUGUUUUUGCUGGCAUUUUACAAAGCUAAGUAAAGCUUGUCAUAAAUUUAUCGCAUCAGGCGGAUCGGCUCUCAAGCUCAAUGAGGACCAAGUCACAUCUCCAGGUCCUCCUCUGAGAACCUGGGCAAAAAAAUUAUGUGCACCCCUGCUUAUGAAUGUGUUUUGUAUCACUUAUGUGAGCAGUGUGGGGGGGAAUUGCAGUGUGCUUGUGUAACUAUGGUCAUUAUGUGGGAUGGGGAACAUUCAAAGAUUUUUACUGAGGUACAUUAUUAUCUGCACAAUUUUUAAAUUGAGUCGAUUUCUUUUUUUGCUUACAACUUUAGAACAUUGCUUUACACAUUUAGAACAUACUCGCUCACAGGGAACAGAUGAUGCUUGUGUGCAGGGCCGUGCAGAGUUUGGAGGGGCAGGUGCUCAAUAGAAAGGGGGCACAUGAACAAGAAUUUAACACACCUUACAACAGCAUAACUUACUUUAACCAGCUUUACAGUAUAAUUGGCUGUGACUGUGAAAGACCUAAUUUUUAAAGCUUCUUUCUCAAUAACUUAAAAAAAAGAAGACAACACUUCACAAGGUUGGUGUCUAUGUUAUCAUUCAUUCAAUUAAAUACGUGUCAUGUCAUUUCCUGUUUUAUUUUGAAGUCUACCCGCCGUGUGUCACCUAAUUGCCUAUAUACCCUACCCACCGACGUCACAAAACCACAUGCUCGCUGUGUGGUUCCGCCCACUUGUCCGUCAUUUUGUCUCUGUAUUAGCAUUGUUUUCAAUUGAUCGAGGAAUUUAAAAUGCAUUUCAUGGAAGACCCUGAUGCCGUAAACUCACUGGAUGUGUUGCAUAAAAGGCGUUAUGUGGAAAAGCUUCGUUCUAUACAGUCGCCAGAUCCAUAUUUGAUGCCCAAAUCGAUGUUUUUCGACCCACUGUCUUCGCCCUGUCUGCCUGACAUCUGCUACGCUGAUAUUUACAAUUAUCUUGUCCACACAAAAUCAGCCUAUUCCCACGAAAAUUUGAAAAACUUCAAGAGCUUGGAGGCUUAUAAAUACUUCGUUGCUGGUUGGGUGAAAUAGGUCCUCGUUCGGCGGGAAUCUUGUGCUUGGAAAGGUGAGUUACGAAAUUUUCAAUUCAAAAUCUUUUGUUAUUGCUAACAUCCACUGUCAAGUCUAAUGUAUUUCAUGUCGUUUGUCAAUGGAGUUAAGGCUUUUAAUGUUUAUAUGGUUUAGCGAUAGCACUCUCACUACAUACAUACGUGUAUGUUGUCGGCGAUUAGCCUAGCAAUGAUCUUAAUUGUGGUUAUUUGUCAGCCCCGUAGACAAGGCCAGUUUCUUUCACUUGGUACCAGCUAAAUAUUAUUCAAAAAAUAACAAUGGUGGAAGAAAGGGAAGUCACAAACAUCUUGAAUUUGAAACUAUGUCGUACUACGUCGUAUGUUGUCGGCGAUUAGCCUCGCAAUGAUCUUAAUUGUGGUUAUUUGUCAGCUCCGUAGACGAGGCCAGUUUCUUUCACUUGGUACCAGCUAAAUAUUAUUCAAAAAAUAACGAUGGUGGAAGAAAGGGAAGUCACAAACAUCUUGAAUUUGAAACUAUGUCGUACUACGUCGUAUGUUGUCGGCGAUUAGCCUCGCAAUGAUCUUAAUUGUGGUUAUUUGUCAGCCCAAAACCCUCUAAGUAUAUCUUAAAUGCAUCUUACCGGAUAUAAAAUGACUACUUCAUAGUCUGUGGUGAUUUUUUGGUGCCCAGUUUUCACGUCGAAUUGCAGCCGUCCAUUUCGCUCUCCUCUUUGGAUCCCUCGGAAUACGGUAAAACUUCAAGUCUCUCCUUCCAUCUUCUCUGUUAGUGCAACCAACAGCCACACACGCCUUCACCAUUUUGAUUAUUAAUGUUAAGGAGCAGAAAAACACGCCGUAAAUAGGAGAAAUGUACGUAGCCGUAACAGGUUAACACUAUGUUUUGACGGACAAGUGGGCGGUACCAUUCAGGAGAGCGGAGUUGUGACGUCACGUGGGUAGGGUCUAUUGUUUCCACCUGUUCCCCAUUACCUUGUGCGUUUACAACCCCUAGCAAAAAGUAUGGAAUUGCCAGUCUCGAAAGAGCACUCACUCAGACAUUUUAUCAUGUAGAACAAACUCAGAUAAAAAGCUUGAAAAAAUAAUUUGUUCAAAAAUGCAACUGUUUAGCAUUCAGAAACACUAAAAGAAAUGAAUAAAAAUUGUGGUGGUCAGUAAAAGUUUAUAUAUUUCCCUGCACUUGCUCUAUAAAUCACUCCAUUCUGAGGGGAAAAAAUAUGGAAUCAUGAGAAACAAACAAAGAAAUAAUCAAAACACAUCUCUAGUAUUUAGUAGCACCACCUAUGUCCAGUCUAUGAGGCAUGGACUUGAGUAUUCUUCAUCAAUGGCGUACCGCACGCAUGCUAUUUUUAGACUGUGACGUUGCUUCGUAAAGCAGGAGUGGGACAUUAUAGACCCGCCCUCGCAUAGAAACCAUGGUAAUUGUGCUACUUUUCUCCGGUAAUCUUUCAAAAACGAACAUGCCGAUCACACAUUGCUUUUUUGGAACUUGUAGAAACGACUCUAGACAUUACGACAUAUGAAGGAUGUUUUCUUCAUACGUUUCCUGAAACCAAAAACUCUGAGGAAAAAAAUUGAAGACUGAAUCAACUUGCGUGGACUUUUAACGCCAGCUCGGCAGUAGAAAUUUAUGCAGUAAACAUUUUAUUGGGUUGGCAUUGUAUUUCAGAGGACAAAGAAGUAAGCAAUUUUGAUAUUUUUAACUAAUUUUUUAGCGUGACGUGCCGUGCUGCUUCUGUCUGACAAUGAAUGACCUGAAAAGAUAAUUAAAAUGGUAUCUGACUGCCAUUGUUACAUUUUCUGUUAAAAAAAAAAAAAAAUCAACUUUAGUAAGGGGGAAGUGUAAAUAAGUUAUAGAAUUAAGAUUUGUUAACAAUGAAAAAAUUAAAAGUGUUUGUUGGCUGUCAUCGAGUAGCAUUUGCGAUCGCUACACAAAACUAACUAAAUUACCCCCAAGAACGGUCUGAGACGUAGGACAACCAGAGGACAUAAUAUAUAAUAGGGUGACCAGAUUUUGAUUUCCAAAAAAAGAGGACACUCAGCCCUGCCUCAAGAUACUUGAAUUUUACUCAAAGU